AUGAUAAAGUUGCUCAUAAUUAUAGUGAUUCUGAAUGUAACAUUAUCAGCUUCUAUUUUUAAAUAACAAAUAUUUUUAAAUAAGAAGACAAAUAAAAAACCUACUGUAGAAUGGAAGAGUGCUUCAGAAUACUCCAAUAAUCCUACUUAUACAUAAGUAGUUGAAGUUGCCAAGAAGAACUGUUCCAAAUAAUGUUAGUUAAGCAACACUAUCAAAUUUAAAAAAGUUGUAAAAGUUGCCAAGUAAUUAGUUUAAGGAAUGUUGUGGAGUGUAUUAUAAUUAUUUUUAUAAACUAGUUACAAGUUGAGUUUUCUAACAAAUCAACUAAAGUUUUAUAGAUAUAUGAAGAUUUGGAUGGUUCAUUUGAAUUUGAUUCAUGUAAAGAUAAUAUUUGAUAUAAUAAUUUAUUGAAUAUAAAAUUGUG